GAGCUGGGGAGGGGGAUCAGGGGAGAAUUCGUGCUCAGAGUUGGACCUGUGCAGGCUGGGUUAAACAAGCCCUGGAUUUGCUACAGCUACAGUAGCAGCAGGACGUGAAUCAGGAACUGUGAGGUGCAUGCCACAGGUCCACUAAUCCACUCCCCACACCCGUGGUUUGAUUCACAAGCUUCACGCCAAGUCAUGGACAGAGUGCAGAGCCCUGGCACUGUUCUGGGUUCCACAGAUGCGCAGAUCCAAGAGCAAGGAACACAUGGACUGAUGCUGCCCAUCAUGCCAGUGUCCCCAGCGGCAGAGCGGCUCCGCUAUAUCCUGGGCGAAGAGGACGACGUGCCCACCCCCACCCUCUUCACUGAGAUGGACACCCUGCAGCACGACGGCGAGGAGCUGGAGUGGAAGGAGUCUGCCAGGUGGGUGAAGUUUGAGGAGAAGGUGGAAGAAGGCGGUGAGAGGUGGAGCAAGCCCCACGUGUCCACACUGUCCCUGCACAGCCUGUUUGAGCUGCGCACCUGCCUGCAGACUGGCACCAUCCUGUUGGAUCUUGAUGGCUACUCCCUGCCACAGAUCGUAGACGAUAUUAUCGAGCGUCAGGUGGAGGAAGGGCUGAUCAACCCCGAGCUCCGGGACAAGAUCAGCUUCGUGCUGCUCCGGAAGCACCGGCACCAGACCAAGAAGCCCAUCCACCGCUCGCUGGCGGACAUCGGCAAGUCCGUCUCCACCUCCUCCACCAACCGCAGCCCCAGCCGGAGUCCCAGUGCUGGGGCUGGUUUCCAUCGCUCCACAGAGGACCUGUGCAUGAGGCAGGCCAGGAACUAUGGGCGUCUGCGUCAUGCACAAAGCAGGAGCAUGAAUGACAUUUCUGACACCCCCAGCACUGACCAGCUGAAGAACAAGUUCAUGAAGAAGAUCCCGCGGGACGCCGAAGCCUCAAAUGUGCUGGUGGGGGAGGUGGACUUCCUGGACAAGCCCUUCGUGGCGUUUGUGCGGCUGGCGCAGGCCACCACGCUGGGCGGGCUCACCGAGGUGCCCGUGCCCACCAGGUUCCUGUUUGUUUUGCUUGGUCCCCAUGGAAAAGCGAAAUCCUACAACGAGAUAGGAAGGGCCAUUGCCACGCUCAUGGUGGAUGAUCUCUUCAGUGAUGUGGCGUAUAAGGCGCGGGACAGAGAGGACCUGAUCGCAGGCAUUGACGAGUUUCUGGAUGAGGUCAUUGUUCUUCCUCCUGGGGAGUGGGACCCCACAAUCCGCAUAGAACCACCAAAGAAAUUGCCCUCUGCUGAGAAGAGGAAGUCUGUGUUCUCUGUGAACGAGGCGGGACAAAUGAAUGGGAUGGCAGGAGGUGGAGGAGGUGUCAGUGAGGACGAGGAGAUGCCAGCACCCCACGAAGUGGGCGAGGAACUUCUCUGGACAGGGAGGUUUUGCGGAGGACUUUUCCUCGACAUCAAGAGAAAGCUGCCGUGGUUUCCCAGUGACUUAUAUGAGGGCUUCCAUAUCCAGUCCAUCUCCACCAUCCUCUUCAUUUACCUGGGCUGCAUCACCAAUGCCAUCACCUUCGGGGGGCUGCUGGGAGAUGCCACAGACAACUACCAGGGCGUGAUGGAGAGUUUCCUCGGCACGGCAAUGGCAGGCACUGUGUUCUGCUUCUUUGGGGGACAGCCACUCAUCAUCCUGAGCAGCACAGGGCCCAUUCUAAUCUUCGAGAAGCUGCUGUUUGAUUUUAGCAAGGGAAACGACAUUGACUACUUGGAGUUCCGGUUGUGGAUUGGGCUGCACUCCUGUCUGCAGUGUUUUGUGUUAGUCGCCACAGAUGCUAGCUUCAUCAUCAAAUACAUCACCCGCUUCACCGAAGAGGGCUUCUCCACGCUCAUCUCCUUCAUCUUCAUCUACGAUGCCAUCAAGAAAAUGAUAGGUGCCUUCAAGUACUACCCCAUCAACUCUGACUUCAAAUCCGACUACGUGACCUUGUAUAAGUGCGAAUGCAUGGCCCCUGAUCCAGUGGCUACAAUGACCUUCAAUGUUUCAGCUCUGGUGGCCCCAAACAACACUAAUAUCUCUGUGUACAAUCCUGUCAAUGUCACAGCGCUGGACUGGAGCCAACUGAGCAAGAAGGAGUGUCUGAAGUAUGGGGGCAGUCUGGUGGGCAAGACCUGCAAGUAUGUCCCCGACUUGGCUCUCAUGUCCUUCAUCCUCUUCUUCGGCACCUACACCAUGACUGUCACACUGAAGAAGUUUAAGUCCAGCCGCUACUUCCCCACCAAGUUGCGUUCCCUGAUCAGUGAUUUCUCCAUCGUUCUCUCCAUCCUGGUUUUCUGCAUGGUGGAUUACUGGCUGGCUCUGGACACUCCCAAACUGCACGUGCCCACAGAGAUCAAGCCCACACGCCCAGGCAGGGGCUGGAUCGUCCUGCCGUUCGGGAAGAACCCCUGGUGGGUGUACCUGGCCAGCUUCCUCCCUGCUCUGCUCGUGACCAUCCUCAUCUUCAUGGACCAGCAGAUCAGUGCCGUCAUCGUCAACCGCAAGGAGCACAAGCUCAAGAAGGGAGGAGGAUACCACCUGGACCUGUUUUGGGUUGGGAUACUGAUGGCGGUGUGUUCCUUCAUGGGCCUGCCCUGGUACGUGGCCGCGACCGUCAUCUCGAUUGCCCACAUUGACAGCUUGAAAAUGGAGACCGAGUCCAGCGCACCUGGGGAGCAACCUCAGUUCCUGGGAGUCCGAGAACAGAGGCUCACUGGCAUCAUGGUGUUUGUUCUCACUGGAGUCUCCAUCUUCAUGGCCCCCAUUCUCCAGUACAUCCCCAUGCCUGUGCUGUAUGGUGUGUUCCUCUACAUGGGAGUGGCCUCGCUCAAUGGAAUACAGUUCUGGGACAGGUGUAAGCUGUACCUGAUGCCAGCCAAGCACCAGCCAGACUACAUCUACCUGCGCCAUGUCCCUCUGCGAAGGGUUCACCUGUUCACAGUUGUGCAGGUGAUCUGCCUGGCUGUCCUGUGGGUUCUCAAGUCAACCGUGGCGGCAAUCAUUUUCCCAGUCAUGAUUCUGGCUUUGAUCGUGGUGAGGAAGAUGCUGGAUCUGGUGUUCUCCCAGCACGAUCUCGCCUGGUUGGAUGACAUCCUGCCCGAGAAAGACAAGAAAAAGGAGGAAGACAAGAAAAAAAAGAAGAAAUCCAAAGGAGGAGGAGGGGAUAACAGUGAUGAUGAGGAGAAAGGGCACCCUCACUCUAACUGUUCCCCAUGCGACUCGGACCUGGACCGCAGCAUCACUCUGCACCUGAAGAUCUCGUGUCCAUCCUCCCCCGCUGUCAGUCUGUCCCGGAACGCAGCCUUCGCCGUGCCCCAGGUGAAGAUAGAGAUGGAGUCCGACUAUGAUGACACUGACACAGACAGACACCACAGACACCACAGAGACAUGGGCAGUGAGACCACUUUAUAGCACAUAGUGUACCCCUACCAAACCUGCCAGGCCAGCUGACUGCCUGGCACACUGUAAAAAGAACAAGCAAAUGCUUGGGCAUUGCAAGAGUGCGUGUUCAUAGCUCAGUAAAACAAGAGUCCUUAAUUCCACUGUGCACAGUGCCCUCUCAACACUAAAUAAAUUGCCUACAGGGGGAAAGCACUCAGUUUUUUUUCAUAUGCAAGCACGUGGUCUCUCUCUCUCACUCACCCAACACUGUGAUCCCCACACCUGUUCAUCACCGCCUUCCCUGACCUUUCAAUGGGAAUUCUCUUUAACAGAAAACUGACUGGCAGACUCUGUGGACCAUUAAUUCAUCCUACCACAGAAAACCUAACAUUUCUGUGUUUGAAACCACGUCUGCAGCAACACGAGACAGAGCAACUCAAAACGAUGAGAGAGAGAGAGAUGGGGGUGAGAUGAAACAGAAGGGGGAGUCUGCCAUAAAGAUGAGACUGGAGCAGAUGGUUUAUGUAAAGCACUUAUAAGAAAAUUAUCUGGCCUGUUCUGACAGCUGUUUCAUGAAAAUCGUGCUGUGGAGCAGUGAAAUUUAGUACUUCUCCUGUUUCAGCUGUGGGGAAUACUGAAUGUUAUCAUUAGCAAUACACACGAGAGGGCACAAACACCAGACAUAUAUAACAGGAUUUAUUCCCUAGACCACUCACCCUCUGAUGAACCCCAUCAUGCUUUCUGGUGUGUACUGUAUUGUACAUGGGAACAUGUUCUUCAUAGCCCCUUUUGUACAGCAUGUGUUCAAGCUUUGAUGAUGUCACACUGCACAGUUUUUACAAUCCAGUUAUCUGAAUGGAGCAUCUAACCCUGUAAGGACCUUCUUGUGAAUUGUGUUCAGAAUACUUCUUCUAUCGGUUGGGUAUUUUCUUGAGAUCUGUUGUGAUGUCCUGAAUUGUGGUUCAAGCAGUCUGGCAAGGGAUGCAGGGGUAGGCAACUGCACAGGCAAAUUUUAACCAUGGGACCAUGGGAGUCUGUUGCAUUGAAGUAAGUGUUUGUACUGUAUAUGAUAUGUAGUUUUGAGAUGUGUGUGUGCUCAUCUCACAAGGGUGCAUCUUUACAAGAGACAGUUCCAAGCAAGCGUUUUCUGCAUGUGCAUGUGUGGUUGUGUCUAUAUGUCUGUUGACAUCUUGCUUUUGCAUAUGUGCAGUGUGAAGGGUUCCUUGUAUUUGUGUGCUAGCUUCCCUGUGUGCAUGCCAAAAUGUGACAGCUGUCCUUUUUACUAGACUCCAGCAGGUCUCUAUGAGAGCUGAAGGUUCACUAAAAGAGGACUAGGAAACAUGGCAAGGAGAUUGGGUCUUUUAUGGUGGGGAUCAAGAGAAAACAGAUCGUUUGCUUCUUUUUCUCUCUUAAUGUUGUAUAUUAAAUGCAGUAUAACACUGGGAGUGGGGUCUUGCUGUCCUUUUGUGGAUGCUGUUUUUGUGCUCCAAAUUGAACUGAAACCUAGGCUCAGGAAUUCACGACAAGCUGGACAUUAAAUGUCAUGUUGAUGCAUUUUCAGUUCAUCUGCUUCUUUUCCUGCAUGUGGUGUGUCAGAUGUCCUUCUACACCUUCCCUGGAAACCUAAACUUUGUUUUUGGUGAAUGGAAAGAGGCCACAGGGGCCAGUACACUUAUCAUGCAGAAACUCUUUGUUGUUAGUCCAGUUUUUAUGCAAAAAUGGCCCAGGGCUUUUGAGAAACGGGUAAAGGUCUCGGUUCGAACCAGCAACACAGCAUCUUGAGCAGCUGUAACAGGCUGUGUUUCAUGAUGCCAACAAGGCUAAGAUGUGAGUGGUGUAGAGUGACUGUGCAAAGCAGGUGAACUGUUUAACAUAAGACUUAGUGUUCUAGUUUGAAAAUGUGUUUUGUAAGUAAUUUAAUAUUUCACUGUUAAUUUUUUUAAAAGUUCACACUGUAUUUAUUGAUUAUAUUACAUAUUAAUAAUGAACAAUAUAAUAAUUUUAAACUCAUCUGCGUGUUUGGGAGUAUGAAGAAUAUUUUUAAAAACAUAAAUCUGAUCUUAGAUUGUGUCAAACUUCAUUUUCUGUUUUUUUUCUGGAUUGGGUUUUAAAACCUUGGACAGAGCUAAUUAUGAGCUUAAUUUGAGAAAAAAAG